AUGGUCGGAAAACGGAAGCGCGAGACCACUGUUGUCUCUAAGCCUAAAAAGAAGGAGAGUCCUCCUCCCGCGGACAAUGCGCAGGACGUAUUCCGCAAACUUUUCGAAGCGCAGUUCGAGCCUCUUGAUUUGCCAGGCCAUACCGCCAAACCCGCCCAUUCUACGGAUUCCGAGGGCGACGAGGACGAGGAUGAAGAUGAGGAUGAACUCUCUGGAUCCGAGCUUGGCUCAGAUGAUCUAUCCGACUUCAGCGACGUGAGCAAUGAAGUCGAGGUGGUGGAACACACGGAUGCCCACAUGGCACCAGAAGACCGAAUGGACAAGAAGACUCGAAAAGCGUUUUUGAGUGGAAAAUUAUUAUCUAAUUUAGAGAAACCGAGUGCCAACUCGGACGACCCUGCAACCAAGAAGGAGGAGGAGGACGAUGCCCACGACGCUGUGAACUUGAAGCACGAUCUCGCAUUACAGCGACUUCUCAAGGAAUCUCACCUCCUCGAUUCCGCAGACGAUCUUGCACCCACUGGAAAGAACCGUCUUAAGGCUCUGGAUAUGCGCAUGCAAUCCCUCGGAGCUAAGUCUUCGCUUUAUGCGCAGAAGAUGCCAGAUGCGCAUCGACGUGGCAUCAAUGCCAAGGCAGCUUCGAAGGAAGACAAACGCCGCCGUGAAGCUAAGGAGAACGGCAUUAUUCUCGAGAAACCUAACAAGGCCUCCAAAUCGAACAGUGGGCGACGAGAGCGUGGUGUUGGAGGUUCCUCCGUGGGCAAAUUCUCAGGGGGUACAUUGAACCUGAACAAGCAAGAUAUUGCUCAUGUCCAGGCCUCGGGACGCCGAAUGACUGGUGGCAGAGGGAAGGGCAAGUCCAGAGGGAGGGGUGGAAGCAGAGGUGGAGGGAGAGGCGGCAGCCGUUGA